AUGCCCAUUUUGGGUACACAUCUGAGCUGUUGUGAGUUGAAUGCGUGUUUAUUGGAUCCAGAUGGAAGUCAUGAGAAGGAAUUAAGAAACAGCUUCGAGGGGAAAACAGAACUUAAAAUAUUCUACAUCGUAGACAAGAGACGAAAGAAAGUUAUGCAAAGCAGUUUUCUACUUAUUUAA